AUGUAUCAGAAAAUUUCACCACCUAAGUUUACCCGUAGUUCGAUAAAGUAUGCGCUUGGUUAUGACUCUAUUAACGAUGAUUUCAAGGUUGUUGCGGCUGUUCACCCUAAACGUGAUGUCCAUAGUACUGUUCAUGUGUUCAGUUCUAAACUAAGCUCAUGGAAGAGCAUUGAAGACUUUGGUUAUUCUUGUCGUCUUUUUGGGCGAGGGAGUGUUUUGAAUGGGCCACCGCAUUGGUUUGCGCAUGGAAGCACCGAUAUCGAACUGCGUUAUUUCCGUAUUGCUUGUUUUGAUGUUAUGGAAGAGAAAUUCAAGGAGGUGCCCACGCCUAUAUAUGAAGUUGAGAGUCAUUUAUUUAAAGUAGGUGUUUUGGAUGGAUGCCUCUGUACGGUUGACAGCCGUCUCGAGAGUUUAAAUGUUUGGGUGAUGAAGGAAUACGGUGUGAAAGAAUCUUGGACCAAAUUGUUUGUUGUAUCAAAUGUGCCACCAAAUGUGCCAGGAGAGUCGUUUAUCAAUUACUGUACGCUGCUGUGUUUCACAAAGGAUGGAGAGUUUGUAUUGAUGUUGAGGUCAGGGACGUCAGCGAAGUUCGCGAUCUACAAUCCAAAGCGAAAAACUUACAAGAGGAUUGAGAAGCCUCAGAAUUGGAAGGGGCAUGAAAUUGAUAUUUAUGUGGAGAGUCUUGUUUCACCUCUGGGCUGA